UGACAAAUAGUCUUUCCUAGUGGAGAUUGAAGAAUCCCCUUGGAGGCCAAGCUUCUCUUCCACGUGAUUCUUCUGUUACUGCUCCCACCCCUCAAGCUUGCAGAUUGUGUGUUGUGUGUACUUUCGUGCAUGCUACUCUGAACGAUUAAGUUUUUUGCAAAAAUGUCAAAUUAUGGAUACACAGGAAAUAGAUGAUAAGAAUCUAGAUAAACCACAGUCUUCACAGUGUGUCUAAGAAAUGACAUCCUCACUGAUGCUGCUGACAAGGAACUGGCUGCGGUUGCCCCACCAUGCUGCCUUUCUUUGAUGUAGGAAGAAGUUUAGAAAUCUGAGCAGGGCCCUUAACUAACAGGACCAAAUGUGUUUAGAAUUUGGGGUAUAGAGUGAUUGUUCUAUGUACUUUCUACUUAACAUUUUUUGUUUGUUUGUUUAUUUGUUGUUUUUUGUUUGUUUGUUGUUUUGAGACAAGGUAUUGCUAUGUAGCUCACUCUGCUUUGAACUAAGUGAACUCUUGUCUCACUCUCCCACUCUGGGAUUAUAGAUGUAUGUCACCAGGCCUUCCUUCUGGUUCACAAUUUUGCGUCUAUGUAUUUUGUCCUGUGUUGGAGCAGAAAUAACAUCAUUGCAGAAAUAAAACGCUUGUGUUGCCCUAUAUUAUGUAAGUAAGGUAUGCCCCCUGUCCUUUCAUUUCUUUCUUUAUCCAGUGUCUCACUAUGAAGCCUAGGCUGGCAUGGAACUUGCUAUGUGAAACAAGCUAGCAUAGAACUCCUAGAGAUCUGAAUAUCUAAGCUUUCAGCUUACAUUGGGUUUUAAGGUGAGAGACAAAAAUAUGUCUUCCUCAAGAAUCAGAAGCAAAGAUAUCCAUUUUAACCACCUGUUUUCACACUAGACUGGAAGCCCAAGCUCUUUGUGAAGAAAGAGAAGUCCUGGACUCAUAUGAGAACAAAGCAAAAGGAUGGUUGGACAGAUGCAACACGCAGAAAGAGUGACUGUAAAGAAGCCUAGAAAACAUUACUACCCCUGCCAACACAAGUGGACAUACAAAGAUUACCCUGAGUGUCCAAGAUGGCAUGGGAUAGCUCUGAGACUGGCCAGCUUUGCAGUGGUUUUCUUGGUGGCCACAGUGAUAGGACUAGUCAUCUACGUAAGUCAUCUGAGCAGGUAUUCCUUAAUUGAUAAGCCUAAUGAGGGGAUACCUGGUAAUAAUGAAACCAGAUAUUGUGGCUGUAUGGAUAUUCCUCGUGAGGGACAACAGGACAAAACCUCCACAGGAAAGUCAUGCCCCGAAGACUGGUUCCAGAAACAAGGGAAGUGUUACAAAUUUUACAUGAACUUUAAGUCAUGGAUUCAUAGUGAAAUAUCCUGUGCAGUAAAGAAAUCACAUCUCUUAGUGAUCCAAGACAAAGCAGAAUUGGACUUCAUCCAGAGCAAAAUACAUGAUGGUGUUUACUUUUGGAUUGGACUGAAUGUUACAGACACACGGAAAACAUGGACCUGGCUGGAUGGUACACCGUUACACCCACAGCUAUUUCAAGUUACAGGCCAGCUUGAAGACAAUGCCUGCGCCCUGAUAACAAGGAAGGGCAUUUUCUCUGAAAAGUGUUUCAUCGACCAUCACUGGAUUUGUCAAGACUCAUCUACAGAGGACAGUGUUUGAAUGAUCACAGCUAUUUCUCCUGCUAGAAAGGAAUCAGAUACUAUGGAGAUUUGUAUUUUUUCUCAGAAAAGGUCUCACUAUGUAGCCGUGGCUGUUCUGGAACUCAUGUAGACCAGCUGGCCUCAAAUUCACAGAUAUUCUUCUGCCUCUGUUCAAUAACGUGUAAAUAUGUGUCUACAAAUGUGAACUCCCGAGGUCACCCCUGUCACUGAGACAAGAUCUCAUCAUCAUUCUUGACAGCUGUUCCUUAAGAGAAAACCUUUCUCCAAUCCACUCACCUCUCGCAAAAGAUCUAAUUUUACUCCAAGAAUAAAAGAGAC